GAAAGAACUUUCCAUUGUCCUCGCCACUCCACGAUCGAUUACCAACAUAUCUACUGCGGUUCCAUAUACCUCCUUGCCUGGCCAUUACUCGACCAACAUCUCAUACACACCACGACAACACCUCAUUAACCAACAAAGUCACACACAGCCACAACAAUGCCGUCACUCUUCUCGGUCAUCGAGCCACACCCAUCCGUGUCCAAGACAGCCUACAUCAGCGGAGGCAUUGGCGGCGCUGGCAACUUCAGACGAUACAAGGCCGAAGAAGUCACUCAAGGCUCAGAUGCCACCGGCCCAGCAUCCCGCGUUCCUCUCCAGAAGCAACCUAAGAAAUACGUUCCGUCCGGCCGUGGAGGCGCAGGCAACAUGUUCAGCCGCCAUGAGGAAGGCAUCUUCCAAUUCGACGAGGAGAUGAUGAAGAGCCGCGACGCUCAGCAAGCACCCGUCUACCGCGUUGGCCGUGGUGGCGCCGGCAACUUCUACUCGGAACGCAAGACCUCCAGCCUUCGCAAGGACAGCACCGACUCCGGCGCAUCAUCCGACUCCGAGCGCGCGAGCAUCCGAAACGUUCUCACACGCCAAAUGAGCGGCGGUGUUCUCAGCAUCUUCAGCCGUCGCUCAUCAUAGAGCGGCUCGCGCUUGCACCCGUUCGACUAUACGACCUUUUGCGAUUUGCUUCCUUGUUCCAACAUUAGCGAGCUGGCCUGAUUCUCGCAUCCCCAAAAACCAAGCGUUGGCGCUGGCGGUGAAUUCGACACCAAAAUAAUCAUUUUUUGCAUUUUCUGGAGAAAAGCGGCAUGUUCUUGGGAACCUGCUAUGGCGUUGUCAUUGUUUUCUGGGAAUGCAUGGAGGCGAAGAGCCUAUCAAAAAGUUUUGCUGUUUGAUUUUACUUGAGCGACACGAGAGCAAAGAUGUCUCGUGUAUUUUUGUUAGCGAGUUCGACAACCGGCGAGGACGUUUUAUACCCAGCGCCUCGUGGAGAGGGCAGCCUGCGCGGCUCGAUAGCAGAUUCAAACGUCUGUAUCACUAUAUAUUAUGGAGAUCAAUG